AUGGAUGUUAGCAAUCCACCUAAUGUACAAGCAAGAGGAGGUGCUUUAUAUAACAUCUCUGCUCAGUCGCAUUGGGCUAAGCUUAAGGACAAGCAGUCGAUUAGUGAGGCAGCUAAGCUACACUAUGAGGAGCCUAUCGUUAAAGACGGGAAGAAGGUGGCUCAGCUUGAUUUGAAUGAGGUUGCUGCACAGGCUCAAUCUUGGAAUUCAGUUGUGAUCUGUAUGGUGAUGGGAGCCAACCCCCCAUUUGCAGUCUUUGAAGGGUUUGUGAAAUGUGUAUGGGGCCAUUUGGGAAUCGAGCGUAUUGUGAGGAUGCAUAUAGGCCUGACUAUAGUAAAAUUCAAUGAUGAGGCUACCAGGGACUUUAUUCUAGAAACGGGCAUGGUGCAAUUUGACAAGAAACCGAUGAUUGUGAGACCUUGGACCCAAGAUCUUGAUACCAUCAGAUUGGUUCGGUCGGUUCCCUUAUGGAUCAGAUUACCUAAUCUUGGUCUUCAGUAUUGGGGCCAAAAAUGUCUCAGUGCAUUGGUAAGUACUAUAGGGAAACCUAUAAUGGUGGAUAAAUUCACUAAGGAGCGAUCGAUGAUUAGAUAUGCGAGAAUCCUAGUUGAAAUGGAAAUAUCUGAUAACUCGCCUUUUAUCAUAUAUUUUGUUAAUGAAAGAGGUCAAGUUCAAGAGCAAUUUUUUGAGUAUGAGUGGCUGCCCAUUAAAUGCAAUAACUGUAAAGGGUACGACCAUAAUAUGGCUGAAUGCAAGAAAACUGGUUCAAACAAUUGGGUUAAGAAGGAGGUAGCUGCUCUGGGAAAGGAUGGAGUUCCUACUGUUCCAGGUGUUAUUGCAGCUGAAAUAACCACAGGGAGUUCAGCCAAAGAUCCUGAUCCAGCUAAGGAAGACUUGGGGAAAAAUGAAGUGGCUAGUAUAGAUCACAGUAAGGAUACUGUUGGUGCUACUCAGGUUAUGACUUUGUCUCCUAACUCUAAUAAUAAGGAGAUUUGGGAAGUGCCCAAGAAGACAGGGAAUUCACGAGGGAAAGGGAAGAUGUAUAGACCUGGGAUAGAUAAGAAGCAGAAUGCAUUUAAAGUUCUUCAAGAAUAG